AAAAUUGGCUAACAGAUUGGCCAAUCACAGUUUAGAACGGAAAUGCUUUGCCAAGACACCCAGCAUCGUAGUUUGAAUCGCACCGCCUCUCUGUGUAACAAGACAAAAUAGGCAACAAUGUUCGAGUUAACGUGAGAUUACUUUGCUGUGAAGAUGGUGGUGGAAGUGGAGAAUUUCUUUGGUGUAUAUAUGCUGUACUGCACCAACCCUAAAUUCAAAGGGCGGAUCUACAUUGGUUUCACUGUGAAUCCUGAGCGUCGCAUUGGACAGCACAAUGGGGGGCGCCAUAGAGGAGGUGCCAAGAGAACAAGUGGCCGUGGACCUUGGGAAAUGAUUUUAAUUAUUCAUGGAUUCCCUUCAGAUAUUUCUGCCCUUCGUUUUGAGUGGGCUUGGCAACAUCCACAUUCUUCACGGCGCCUUGGUCAUGUGUCCCGGAAAACCAGGAAGGAGUCUAGCUUUGAUUUUCACUGGCGGGUCGUUUCACAUAUGUUACAAGUGGCACCUUGGAAACGACUGCCUCUCACCGUGAGAUGGUUGCGCCAGGAAUAUCGCCGUGAUUUUGAUCCAGCACUCCAGCCUCCUCUGCACAUGCCAAUAGCAUUUGGAAGCGUCAGGGCCAAGAGGAACAAAACUUCAAGCCAAAGUGAAGAUCAACAAGAAAUGCAGGCGGACAGGGGAAAGUGUUACCUGUGUAAAGAAAAAAUACAGACGCCCACCCAUUCAAUUACCUGCUUCCUGCCAUCUUGCUCUAUGAUAAGCCAUGUGAUCUGUCUGGCAAAGGAGUUUCUGAAAUAUGAACCAGGACAUCUUAUUCCCAUUGAAGGAAAUUGCCCGAGUUGUAAAAACCAGGUUCUGUGGGGAAAUCUUAUCCGACAUAAGAAGGGAUGUUAUGGAGACCUAGAGGAAAUUGCAUCUUCUCAGAGUCACUGGGCAGAUGAUUUGUAGUUCUGAAAAUCUUACAGCUGAAGAUUGGCCAGAUCUCAUGUGAGCUGAGAAUUUGGACACAGAGAGGUGGCAGUGCAUUCAGGAAGAAUAUUAACUUCUGCACAACAUGUCUUUCUCCACUGCCAGUACCUUGCACCACAUAAAUAUGGUGGUUUCUGUUUCUGUGCUGCACAAGACUGUAUCUUUUCUUACAUUCUUUUUAAUACUACCUCUGGAAUAACCAUGAAACAUUUUCCUUUCAAAAUGUGAAUGAAUUUUGUUGAACUGGGCACAAUGUUUUAAAUUUUUUUCACAAUAAUGGCAAUGACAAAUGAUAUUGUAUUUAUAUUUGUUAAAGUUGAGUCUUUAAUGCUUAAUAAGAGUAGCUUAUACAAUAUCUGUCCAUUUUUAAUAACUAUUUUAAUGACAUGUCUCUUAAUUUCCCAUUUCUUAAAAAUGUAAAUGAUGGAAAACCUUUAUAAAUACGUGGGAUGGCAGAUAAAAGUAUAUCUUCAAACCAAUUUUUAUAUAUAUAAAGCAAUCAUUGGCUUUAUCUUUUUAUCUUACAAAAAUGUAUGAAUGCCUCAUUUGAUAGACUACCAGGAUUUAGGAUAAUUGUUCUAUAUGAAAUCAGUUUUAAUUGCUAACUUUAAAAUAUGUACAGUUUAAAUGUAAAAUCAUGGCAUGAAGUUUGUAUUUAAAUAUUCACAAAAAAUAAUUGAAUAAAAAAAGGUUGCUUAUGCUUAGUGACUGCAAAGUCUUAGAAAAAAUGUCUUUUUGAGUCUUCAACAAAUAUAUAAUUUUAAUGUUUUUUCUUUUUUGUCUGUAAAUGGUUUUUAUAACAAAAUUAACUACUUUCCUUUUAUACAGUGUAUCUAUUUAUCAGAGAAAUUUAAUAAAAAAGUAAAAAUGAAAAUAGCACAUUUUAUUUUUCUUUAAUUUUGUAAUCCAUCCAUCCAUCCAUUUUCCAACCCGCUGAAUCCGAACACAGGGUCACAGAGGGUCUGCUGGAGCCAAUCCCAGCCAACACAGGGCACAAGGCAGGAACCAAUCCCGGGCAGGGUGCCAACCCACCGCAGGACAUAAUUUUGUAAUGCCUUAGAAAACCUAAAUAAAAUCUUUUCUGAUGGAUGUCAAAUUGAAAGCUUGUGUACCACUAGCCAGCCAGGCCAGCUCAUGGAGGUGAAUAGUUCAUCAUGCUGCAUUUAUAAAAUGUCCUAUAUAUUUAUGAACAUCAAUUUAAAUUUUAAGCAAAUACUUUUCCCAGUUAUUUGUUAGGUGAGGAAAUUAACAGGGACCUGAUAAUUUGAUAUUAUCCUGAUACAUAGGGCACAACAGGAUUAUAUUUAUUACAUGUUUUAACAAAUUAAUUAUUGUGGUACAUUUCUGCAAUGUGUGUUUCUCGUUAUUUUAUUGAAAUAAAGUUUAAAUUGUGUGCCUAUAGACAAAUCUGUGUUAUGAGGUUUUCUUAAUGAUAUACUACAGCAGAUUAACUCUGUUCAUCCCACUUAACAUUUUGUAAGUAUUGAAAUAUACCUCAGGUCUAUCAUCAGUUUCCACAGGUAAGACUGGGAAUGCUCAAUUAUAGUACAUGAUAUACUCUGUGGUACACCAUUUAAAUUUAGAUCUGGACAAAUCCUUGGGAGGUGAGCCUGUAUCAAGCAAUAACUGAAAUUACUAUGUUUUAUUUUUAAACUAUUGUUUAAAUGGAAAGCACUGUGCAUUUUAAAUUCUUGGGUGUUUAUGAGGCUCGUAUGAACUGCGUCUGCUUGUUUGAUUAGAUCAUCCUGACUUCAUUUGUUCCAGCACAAAAUUUAGAAAUGAGAUGUGACAUUAACUUUUUUGUUCCCGGAUUUUUUAAAUAUAAGAUAUCUUGAACCAGACAUUUACCCAAGACUUUUAAUCUGUUUAACUAUUUUUGAAGCUUUAAAUUAUGUUAAACCAUAAGGUUGUUCAAAAGAAUAUACCAUUCAUCUGUGUGCCGAUUGGCAUAAUUGAAAUGUUUCUUAAACUGUGCUAUAUAAAUGAACUAAUUAAAGGUACUGUUCAGUUAAAA